UGUUUAUGAAAUGUGUACAUAGAGUGAUGGAUGAAGGAAGAAGAAUUUUGACAUUUGUUUGCAAGCUUUAAAUCUUUGAUGUUACUGUUGUUUUUGAUAUAAUCUUGAUAAGAAUGAAUCCUAGAUCUUUAUGUGACUAUUUGUGUAGGUAUUUUUAACACUUAGGCCUGAGCUUAGCUUUGAUCCUGACUCUUCCUCUUUGUCUUCACACUGUUUACUUGACAUCUUACAAUUACACAUUGUGACCCAUCUUUAAAAUUCUAUCUGUUGGUUUUGUUUCCAAGCUUCUCUUUGAUCCAGAUCAUUUCUGUAUUCACUUUCCAAUUUGAUGUUUUGUUUAUUUAACAGAUUUCACAGCUCUGGGUGUGAAUCUGAAUGUCUGUGUUACUGUUUAUCAUGUAAUAUCUUAUACAACCCUAACACCAUUGAUAGCAGAACCAACAGGCAAACUCUCCCCUUUUGUUGUAAGCCCUGAGUUUGGCUCCCUGGGUGUCGACACAGGGGCAGGAUUAGGAGAGGCAAGCAUGAGGAUAUUGUAAAUCAUUGUUAAGGGAAUUAGGGACUGUUGGGAUUAACUCCAAAGGACAGAACAGUUAGAUCAUAUUCAAUUACUAAUCCUAAGGAUUUUCCUAAUAAUGUCUGAAACUUGUGAAACUGUUGUAACAACAGGAGUUUAAUCCAAGUCUGUUGUAUUUGACAUUUAUAGACCUACAUGUAUGUAUACUGUAGCUAAGUGUGCUCAACUAAUCUUUAAAUGUUAUCAAAAAGCAUAUAAAACUGGAAAACAUAGAAACUUUUCCAGUGGUGUGUUUGACUUUGGAUGUUUAAUUAACCUGCCUGCUGUCUUGGCUGAGGGUCAAUUUGGAUACAUAUAUUUGGACACCUUAACAGCCUUGUGUGUAAUUCAACUAAUUAUUUUACUGAGGUACGACAGCCCUGUGAUGUGUUAGGGUGAGGACAUGAACACACUACCCUGGUGGUAUGGAAGGCGUGGCACUGUACGCACUUCUCUCCCUCGCCGUGGCAACCCUCGCCUCAGGCUUCAUGUACAGCAAUGAGGGGGACAUAGGAGUACUUCUGCCUGAUGAUCCAUACAUUUAUAUCGGCCAUGAGUUGGUGCUGACAUGCAACUUGACCCGCCCCCUGGUGGAAGAUUCAUCACGAAUGUACUUCACUCGUAAGGACAACAAGGUUAUUCCAGGAAAGUAUGUGUUUCGGCUCAGCACACGCACCAUACAGCUCCGCCUACCCAUCGAGUCCAUGUAUGAUGAGGGCAACUAUGUCUGUAAACUCAACACAACCCACGGCACACCCAAGGUCAUCGCCAACCAGUAUGUCAAGGUCGAAUUUGCACCAAAGGUGGUGGAGGACAUUGACUGCCGGGUGUAUAACUGGGAGAACAUGACUUGUGUGUGGAGGCUAGGGCUCAACUACAUCCACACGGAAGACAUCAAGAUUGACCUGGUGUGGACGGUGGAGUACAUGGAGCAUGCAGACUGUCCCCACCCAACACCUACUUCCUGUACUUGGAAGAUGGGUGCGUUUGACAGCACUUACUACGACGGAAUGAUGUACUAUAUGCAGUUGACAAUCCAUAACACGCGAACUGGAGAUAUGGCUAAGUCACAGCUCAUGAAAAAGGACACACGACGCAUUGUGGAGCCUGCACCGGUCAGUAAUGUCAAAUACACGUACAACAGUACAUGUAUGGCCUUCUCCUGGUCCCACUCCCGUCCUAACAACAGCAAAGUGUUCCGUAUCCAGUACAACUCGGAAUGGGAUCCGCAUCACUGGAAGGAGUUUGAGAUUUCCAAUGGAAACACCAAUGUUUCUAUCUGUGGUGUGACACCCUACACUAUCUAUGUGGUUAAGAUCCGCUGUUCACCUCUAAUCGAUGGGUUCUGGAGUAAGGAAGUGGACACCACUCUGCUGACCAGGGAAGAUGUGCCUGGUGCUGCCCCCUCUCUCCAGUCUGGUAGUUUUUCGGAGCAACCGUGUGACAUGCUCAAGGACUGUCGCCAGAUCAUCCUGUAUUGGCAGCCUAUUCCAAGAACUGCUGCUAACGGAAUGAUCAAGUACUACCAAAUCACUAAGGUUACACAGAGCACGAGCAGUAAGGAGGAAAUGUAUGUGAGUCACGCCAAUCAAGGCAGCCUUGUUUUGGCUGGAAGUCAGGACUAUGUGAUCGAGAUUCGUGGGGCGACGAAAGCAGGACUGUCACCACACUUCUCUACCAUCUUUAUACCCGCACAGUCGAAAAUGCCUGCAUUCCCAGAGAACUUUGUAGUUGAGGUAGUUAAUGCUAGCUCUGAUGUCCAGAAUUUGGUACGAAUGAGCUGGACAGCACCUAAGAAUGAAGAGGGAGAUACUGAUCCAACUAUUGCAUCUUACACAGUGUUCAUGUGUAAGGGAUCUCCCCAUCUACACCGUUGUAGCUCGGAACCGCUACAAUGGAAACUUGUGGAUCCAGGCACAAAAGAAUUCUACUCAAAUGUGUCAAGGACAUCCCUAGAGUUCACCAUAUUUGGCAUCUCCAUGGAAACCAAAAUGUCUUCUGGGGAGAAAAUAAGCAGUGGAAUAUUGUGGAACUCCUGCCUUUUUAACAAGAAUGAAAAACCUACCCUGGCCCCUAAGAACUUCGCUUUGAUGGCGUAUCCUGGAGACAACCGAGUCCGACUGGACUGGGACCUGUUCCAGUGUCACGAAUCUCACGGUUACAUACACUCCUACCUCAUCUUCUUCUGUACCGCAGCCAGGGACGGCAACUGUACAGGCUUAGUAAAGGUAAUGACAGUCAAUGGCAAGACAAUGACCUUCACCCUGCAGCACCUUGAGACAGAGACAACAUAUCGGAUAUGGCUGGCUGCUGAGGCUGCGGCAGGACAGGGACCAGUAACGUCUCCACUGUACACCACAAUACAACAUCCCAUCAAGGUGGGGAUAUCUAUGGAAGAGAUAGGUGGAAUUGCUGCUGCAGUCAUCUUUGUCUGUAUACUGGCUCUUUGUAGUGUCAUCAUCUUUGUCAAACGCUGUGUCACUACUGUCAAACAGAAGUUCAAGCCGUAUGACAUUAUAAUGCCCCAUGUUCCUCUCCCACCCAUUCCCAUGCCUGACCCUCUACCACCACGGUCACCCAGUUCUGACGACUCUGAUAGCAUCUACGAGAGGAUUGAUGGUCAUCGUCAUGACAGCUCCUCCCCCUCAUCUCCUGAUGGGUCAAUAGACAUCCCUUUGAUCAACAAAAAUGCCACGCUGACCAAGUCACAGCUGUAUGGCGAUCCACAGCGGAUGUACCAGCGAUCAAGUGGAGGGAAAGCAGGUAUUGACAGUGGCAGGGGCAGCAUGAUCUCUGCCGCUGGCUCAAUCUUCUCCAGACUUCAUCCAACGGGAGGCACCCUAGAGAGGAGGCAGUAUGGCUAUGGGGUCACCCAGGGUCACCCUCCACAGACCCCCCCUCGGGGAACCACACGCUAUGACUACGGAAUCCAAGGCAACAAGACAUUUCUUAGAGACCCACAUUCUCCAUUGUGGAAAAAGAAACAAAUGUCAUCUAGUCAGGAUGUUUUGAGAAAUGUGGAGGCUUCACCCUACAGUUGUGUUGACAUUGUAAAUCUGCCCACAGCAGGGAGUGACCUCAUGAUCGCCUUGGAUCCUGGGACUCGCAGUGUUGGGAGUGCAUACAGUGAUCCAGCAUAUGGUACAAACAAUUUGUCUGCUACCCCAUUGAGGAAGAAAUGUGUCACACUGCCAUCAAAAUCGGCAGAGAAUUUCCUCCAGCACAAUCACUUUAAUAUCAAGAGGCACCCUGUUGACAUUAAGACAUUGCAGGACUACUCCGACAGUAAUGACCUUGGGCUGGGUUCGUACACACCUCCCACUUCAAAGGAAACAGAUGAUGAGGUCAGUGUCGUACCUACUGCACCCAUCUCGACAAACAUCAAAGUGAAUGACAAGGAAGUUGACAUCACAGAUGACGAGACAUGUUCCAUGGAUGAAAAUGUGCAACUGGGAGACACCAAUCGUGGCAAUCUUCGUCCUGUACCAGUCAGUAAAAACUAUGUACGUCAAGCACAAUUUGAAAAAAGUAGGAAGUGUAAGCCAGAUGCGAGAUCAUCACCCAAGCAGCUCAACAUCAAACCUGGCCCUAGACCUGUCAGCGAAGUCGUUAAUGUACCUGCCCAUUUCUACGGAUCUCUGUCUCUGCUUGACACCGGCGAUGCCACAGAACUAUAACUAGUCACGUGACUUGUCAAUAGUAUAGUUCAUGUGUCAUGUGAUUGUUGUCAUUUUGUUUUAAACAUCUUGGCUAUCCUAUCCUCUGUGUAUUUUACUAUUGUUUCGAGUCAUAAGUGUAUGGUUUUGAAGAAGUUACUGGAUCUUUAUUACUUGACACAAGAUUCCUCUGAUAUAAGCCCCAAAGUCUGUGGAAACAACGAAUAAAAUGUGAAUUAAUUUCUAUCCUUUACUUGAAAAAUUCAGACUGUUUGAAAGCUGAUGAAAUUCACAGGACAGAUUUGUUUGAAAGUGCUGAUGUUAGCAUGUGAUAUAUAUAUAUAUAUAUAAUUUAUAAAAUUAACAAAAUCUAACUUGUUACUUUGACUUUUGUAUAAUUAACCUAAUAUUAUUGCAUAAUAUUCAAUAUUUCCACUUAAAGUGCUAUGCGAACUUAUAGAAUGGAACGAAAUACUUAAAGGAGAUUUUAUAAGAUAAUCUGACAAUGCAAAAGGUGAGGUUGAUGGGUUUUUCCUUUUUAUACAGAUAAUUGAACAUUCUUUUUGUCUUGAACAAAAAGGAACAGUGUACAGACCAGCUAAUAAAUGACCAGACUUUAUAGAAAUGGUUGGCUCCGAUAUAAAA